AUGAAGGAAGGCGUCAUUGGCGACUACGGCUUGCUCUAUGAUGGGACGGGGUACCCUACUGUGAGAGAGUAUUUAGUCACCGAGCUAAAGCCCUACGUCACCUACAGCUUCCGUCUCUAUGCGAGCAAUACAGUUGGAACAUCUAGACAGCUGGAGGCGUUCUAUACUGUCCAGAGCGAGAUCGGAGGCGAUCCGAGCUACCUCACUGGGAGCUCAUACACCUUCCCCCUACAACUCAGUGCUGGAAUCGCCGAUCAUCAACUUCGCAUACAAGGUGUCCACCCGAUAACAGGGGCACUGGAGUACCUUGGUGGUAACUGCCUGAUUAGUGAAGAUUCCACCUGUCUAUCAGGUCGUAUGUUCGUCGCGUAUCUCGAGCCCGUCUGUGAAGUGGAUGUAGCCAAGGCGUUAUGCGAGCCUGUUUCUGAGGCCAAUCCAAGGUGGACGUUACCACGCUAUGAUACUACGGAAACACCCUCGUGGUGGCGGCCUAUACGAGCCACCGACUUGGGCAAUGGACAGUAUGACGUAACGGUUACUGGUUACCGUCCUGGAAAUUAUUCCCUCAUCUUGCAAGCCCUAUGGCAGUAUGGUCUGUUUGGGAACUACUGGGAUAACUCUAUCUACUUGGGUUCGCCCAUAGAAUCGAGAGUAGAUCCUGUUAUCGACUUCAACUGGGAAGCAGGCUCAGUGACGCGUUGGUCUCCCGACUUCGUGUCCGUGAGGUGGACUGGUUUCAUUGAGGCGGCUUACAACGAUACGUACACCUUUUACUGUGAGAUUGCUGAUGCUAAUGACAACUGCCGUAUUUGGCUCGACGGCAUCCUUAUAGCGGAGCGAUGGUUCGAGGACGGCAAGGAGGUUAUCGUCGAUAAAACCGCAUUGUCCGAGAAAAUUGACGUGUCCUAUUUGAAUGGCCAGCCGAACAGCAUCGCUCUAAGAACUGGCGAGCUCUAUCCGAUCCGAGUCGAUUAUCGAGAGCGUACGGACUCGGCUUCUAUUAGGUUGCUCUGGAGUAGCAGUGUAUGGCAGGGGAAGGAGGUUGUUAGCAGCAAGUAUCUUCACCGUGGUGCAUAUCUCGAGGAUGCACCGUUCCCUAUUGUGGUUGGUCCUGGUACGCCUUAUGGCCCUAAAAGCGUCGUCAAAGCUGAUGGCAACGAGCUGACCCGUCCGAUUGCAUCUAAAAAACCUACACUGUAUGUGCAGACCCGUGAUGUGAUUGGUAACGACUGCGACACCUUCUACUCCGACACUGUGGUCCUGGCCUCACUCACACCAACGAACCCCGACAGUUAUUGCCAGACCCAACCUCUAGGCGUUAUGGGUGAGCCGAUGGUUACCAUGGGCAGUGGAGGAAACGGUGUUUACGUGGUCGAUGUGGUAUUGAUAGGAUGUGGCCAACACAACUUGAGUAUCACGGUGAACGGUCUCCAUGUUGAAGGCUCUCCCUUCGCUAUAGACAUCCAGAGAGGAACGGUAUCGGCAUUCCAAGUCGUUGCCAACGGGACGGCAACUACACAGUUCCAAGUUGGUAUACGGUCCUAUAUCGACUUGAUCCUUCGCGAUGCUGUAGGAAACCCUGCUUCAGUCGAGAGCCUGGACCCCACACGUCACCUUGAAGCGGUCCUUACCUGGCUGUCUCCUCACGACCGUUUGAAUCUACACCCACAACUGCCAAGCCCACCGGCUAAUACCACUUUCUGUGACAACUUUACGUGGAGUGAUUGGCGUACCAGUUGUGGCGAUUUUGAGUUUCUCGAGGACUUCCUUUAUUUAUCCAAUAUGUUUCCAGUGUCAAUUCAGCCUGUGGUGGAGUCAGUCGACUCUAACUUGAGCUUGAUUCGUCUGGCCUUCACAUCGUACAGAGCCGGGCCGAGUGUUUGGAUGGUAUCAAUCAAUGAGACGCGUAUCCGAGGCCCUAUGGUUUCUAGUCCGGAUAUUGCUCGCUCUGGAGUGCUAGACACCAUUGAGGCGCGUGAGAACUAUGGCUGGUAUGCGUGGGGUCUACCAGAGACAGAGGCUUACGGUCCUUUGAGCAUCAUCCGGCAUGCGGAUCUCCACCAUCUUCGGACGAGCCCUAUAUUGGCCAAUGUGACCAACAUCACCCUCACUGUGCUACUCCGAGAUCGAUAUGGCAACAUCCUGUCUGUUGAUACGGGACAAUCUGUGACCAUCCGGAUCAGGACACCAGUUGGGGUCUCUGAUAAAGCAUGUUCCUACGUUGGUGAUGGACAGUUCUUAUGCAGUAUUAUCCCAACGGUAGCUGGUACGUCAGAAGAACUCAGUGUAGAUGUCGAUGGUUUGCCGGCUAGUGUUGUGAUGGGCGAUGCACCCAUCGGAAGUCAAUGCUACGGGCCAGAGCCUUGCAAUACCGAUCAGGGACGGCCAGGUGUGUGCGAUUGUCGACAAGAACUAGUCCAAGGUCCCCACUUGAUCACAGUUCGUCCUUCAAUACCUCGAGGCUUCCACUCUACGGUAGAGUGUUUCUAUUGCCUUACGUACCAAAGCAAUUUAGUGGCGGGCGGAGGGCCAUAUGAAGCGCUCGUGACACUUCGUGACUCAGCCGGCAAUGUUGUUGUUGAUCGCGAAGAGUAUAUAUCAGAAAGCAUACCUUUCUCCUCACGUGUUAAGGUGAGAGCUCGUAUCGGAAGUGUUUGGAUGGAAGAUGAAGUCGUCAAUAGCAAUGGCAGUGUGACCGUUAUGCUCGGGAGAUCGAUAGACUUCGAGUGUUCGUGGGGAUCGGUUGUAGAACGCAAAGCGAGGAGAGUCUUCCGGUCGACUCAGACGUGUGCGAGGAAGUACACCAACAGACGGGAUAACACGUCUGCUGUCACUAAUGAAACACUCCGUCCGCAAAGGGCAGGCUUAUGGGAAGUUGUGGUCACACAAGUAGUCCCUGGGGGCUCACUAGUGACUGUUUAUUCUACUCCCGGAGGUGGUGACAGUGCGAUGAUAGAUGCCUUCCAAUCGGCUUAUAACCUUGAUGAGGAACUGAUGUAA